CUACCAAAGGAAGGCGGGACCAGUGUUGAAAACUCAUGCUGGUUUACCACUUCGUGACUGCUCUGCUGCCGGGUGUUGUAUCGUCCUUCUCUUCUGAGUCACAACCAUGGGCAGUGUGCUAGCUGCCAGUUCUCCGAGCCCACCAGUGCCACCUCCGGGCGGCAGUGCAGGUGGGGCCGGUCUGGUCUCCGUGCCCCCAGGCUUCACCAUGCCCCCCGUGUCACCUGUCUCGCCCGGUGGAGCCUCCACCACCCCGGCCUCAGAGUCGGAGACCCCGCUGCCCAACCCUGGAGCCUUCGAGGAGUGUCACCGCAAGUGCAAAGAGGUCUUCCCCAUGCAGAUGGAAGGAGUGAGGCUGACUGUCAACAAGGGACUUAGCAACUAUUUUCAGGUGAACCACACUGUCAUGCUGAGCACUCUGGGAGAUUCCAGUUACCGGUUUGGGGCCACGUACGUGGGAGCCAAGCAGACGGGUCCCGCUGAGUCGUAUCCUGUAAUGGUGGGAGACAUGGACAACAGCGGAAGUCUAAAUGCACAGAUCAUUCACCAGGUCACAGACAGAAUACGCUCUAAAGUGGCCCUACAGACGCAGCAGCAGAAGUUUGUGAACUGGCAGACUGACGCAGAGUUCAGAGGAGAGGACUUUACAGCGGCCGUGACGUUUGGCAACCCGGACGUGCUCGUGGGAUCUGGUAUCCUUGUAGCCCAUUAUCUGCAGUCCAUCACGCCGUCUCUGGCGCUGGGCGGUGAGCUGGUGUACCACCGGCGGCCGGGGGAGGAGGGCACGGUCAUGUCCCUGGCUGGACGAUACACAGGAAGCAACUUUAUCGCCACAAUGACACUAGGGGGAGCUGGUGCACACUGCUCCUAUUACCACAAGGCUAAUGACACGCUCCAGCUGGGUGUGGAGUUUGAGGCCAGUGCUCGCAUGCAGGACACUAGUGUGACGUUUGGCUACCAGCUGGAUCUGCCCAAAGCCAACUUGCUCUUCAAGGGCUCCGUCGACAGUAACUGGGUGGUGGGUGCCACGCUGGAGAAGAAGCUUCUGCCCCUCCCCCUCACGCUGGCCCUGGGCGCGUUCCUCAACCACCGCAAGAACAAGUUCCAGUGCGGAUUUGGCAUCACCAUCGGCUAGGCCCGACCACCUGCUCGCCAACCCGCCUGCCUGCGCUCCACACCUGGGACGGCUUGGUACGCCUGGCACGGCUUGCAGUGAUGGGCAGCCUGGAUUCACAAGCUACAAAUCCAGUGCCACAUAUUCCAAAUGACUUAAUUUUUACCUGUCCAAUUAGGCAAUCGCCUGGUUGAAUUGGACAGGUUAUUAACCAUGUAAUUUGCAAUGUGUGGCACUGGAUUUGUAGAUUCUGAAUGCAGGUUGCCCAUCACUGACUGGCAUCCUCCUUCCACCUCAUGGACUCUACAGCGGGCCGCACUAAUGGCCCAUUUGACACCACUGACUCUCAGACUGGUUAACAUAGUAGACCCCGGACUGACAAAACUGACUAAACCACAACCGUGCAUUGACUGGUAGCAAAACUCUCUCUCCUGAUCUCCUGAUGCUAGCAAAACCUUUUCCUCCUGAUAGCGCUCGUUUCCAUCGCCCUAAAGGUGUGUGUGUGUCUUCAAACAUGACAGCUCUUUUAUUGCCACGUUCUUGUUUGGGUUUUUUUAUUAUUAUUAUUUCUGCCUUCCAUCUUUUGCUCUCUCUUUUUCGUGACGAAGAUGAAUCUGUUAAAGAUGCGAAGGAGAUGCCCGUCCUCCUUUUCCUCCUCCUCCUCCUCUUCUCCUCAUCAGACGCUGUGCCUGGAGAAGAGAUGUCAUAAUGUCGCUGGAAGUCUCUGUGUCAAGCACCUGACUGUACUGUGUGUCUGUCCCUGUCAUGUAUAUAGGUGGGCGUUACUGUGAAGAGCUGGGGGGUAUACUAAGAAGCUGGUUCAGUAGUAAACCAGGUGAAGUUAACCUUGUGGUAGAGGUACAUCAUCUAAUUGAAGAGCCUGGAGUCCUCAUUUUCUUAACUAGAUAAUGCAUGCAGGUAUAUCUAUUAGCAGGUUCACUACUUCCUGCAGGUUAACUGAGCCUGGUUUAUCACUUAACCAUGUUCUUGGGACAACCUCCUGGUCAACCUUUGGAGGGGGGUUAUGGCAAAGGGAGGGUUGGAUCUGAUGGACUUGAAAAUGACGCUGAGCAAGAAGAGCUCGACUACUACUAUACUGUACACCUCGAAAUCUCAGAGAGAUCUAUUUCAAAUGUGUAUGCACGAGAUGCUAUCCAGUUACAUCAUAUUUUUUUUUAGUAUAACCGUUUUGUUACGUUGUGUUUUUGUUUUUGCUCCGGAGUUUGUUUUUUUCUUUUCUAUUAUUUUGUACGGUUUGAUCUUCAUUGGGCCUCCAUGCUCUGUAAUGUUCCAAUGGUACAUCGUUUUGUUAGUUUUUGUUUUGUUUAUUUGUUUGUUUCCAACGUUUAAAUUUUUAUCAACCUUUUUUCCAUCAUGCCAAAUAUAUAUAUGAAAUACAUAAAUAUGUAUAAAUAUAUAUGUAUGUAUAUGUAUUACCUGUACAUAUCUGCUGGGGAACAAAGAUAAAUGAAGUUUCUUUUGAAAAUG